AUGGCGGCGGCGGCGGCAGUGGCUGGCACCUGGCUCCGGACAGCAGCCGCCAGGACUCGCCAGCAGCCAGCUACGGCCAAUGCGCCCGCCGGAGCCCCGGGGGGCGGGGCCCAGCUGGCGGUGCCGGCUCCGCCUCCUGCGGUUCUGCUAGGAGAAAUGAAGCAUCUCCCAGGGGGUAGAGGGCGGGAACCAAGAGGCCCCGCCCCUUCAGGAGACCGUGCCAAAACAUCCCGGAACGUGACCAAAAGGUACAGUUUGGCAGUGGGACCUCCCAAAAAAGAUCCAAAAGUUAAGAGUGUCCAAUCAGCAGCAGUACAAGCUUUUCUCAGAAGGAAAGAAGAGGAACUCAGGCGAAAAACCUUAGAGGAAAAAAAGAGAAAAGAAGAUCUAGUAAAAAAGCGAAUUGAGCUAAAACAUGACAAGAAAGCUAGAGCCAUGGCCAAGAGGACAAAGGAUAAUUUCCAUGGUUACAAUGGAAUUCCUGUGGAGGAAAAGUCAAAGAAGAGGCAGGCAGUGGAAAGCCACACAAGCCAGGGAGCAGUCCAAGAGUAUGAGAUGGAAGAAGAGGACGAAUUCUUAGAAUACAAUCAAGCAGAAUCAGAGCAGGAGUAUGAAGAAGAGCAAGAACCUCCCAAAGUUGAAAGCAAGCCAAAGGUCCCCCUUAAAAGUGCCCCACCCCCUAUGAACUUCACUGAUCUGCUCAGGCUGGCUGAGAAAAAGCAGUACGAACCAGUGGAGAUCAAGGUAGUAAAGAAAACAGAAGAGCGGCCUAUGACUGCUGAAGAACUUAGGGAGCGAGAAUUUCUUGAACGAAAGCAUAGGAAAAAGAAACUAGAGACAGAUGCAAGACUACCUCCGAGUGUGUCCAAAAAGGUGCCCUUUCAGAAAGAAGGGUUGGGCAUAAAACUUAGCAAAGGUUCUGGGGACAAGAUUCCUUCUUCUAAGGGAACUUCCCUUCCUCAUGCUGAGAAGAAAUCCAGACCCAGCACAGCCAAUGACAAGCCCUUAAGUUUGUCAUCAUCUAAAUCCAUGUCAGGAGAGAGGACCAAGACAGGAUCUGGCAACUGCUCACAACCAUCACUUCGUGAGGGCCAUGACAGACCUGUUUUCAAUGGGGCAGGUAAGCCCCAUUCCAGCACGUAUUCACCAAGUGUCCCAAAGACUUUUGUCAGCGGGACUCAGAAAUCUGCCACUGAGCACAAAGCCAAAAAACCUCUUCCUUCUCAUCCUGGCCAUUCCAGGCCUGGGCCCACAGUCACUGUGAACAACAAGGUAAAGAGUCCAGGUGUCAGGCAGCCAGGCAGCAGUUCUAGUUUCAUCCCUGGGCAGCCCAGCACAGGAACUGCUCGACCCACAGCUACUACUGCCCCUGUACCCAAGCGCCAGAAUGGCAGUUCCAGCUCAGGACCUGAGCGAUCAGUCAGUGGGACCAAGAGGCCAGCGUGUGACUCAAAUCCCUCUAGUCGGACUGUCAGUGGUGCAAGUGGCCCUGGACGACCUGCAAGCAACUCAGGUGGCCCUGGGCGGCCCAUUAGUGGCCCAGGUGGUUCUGGGAGACAUAUGAGCAGCUCUGGGGGCCCUGGGAGACCCCUGAGCACUCCACAUGAUCUUCGGCGACCAGUGAGUGGUUCAGGCCCCCCUGGACGUGGUCCUGGGCGAUCAGCAGUUGGCUCAAUUUCAGGUGGACAGACUGUCAGUAGACCAGUAAGCAGCUUGGGACCUAGGCAAACAGUUAGUAGCUCAGGUCUCCCCAUAAAGCCCAAGUGCACUGUUGUUUCAGAAACAAUUUCUUCCAAGAAUAUCAUUAGCCGAUCCAGCAAUGGACAGAUGAAUGGAAUGAAAUCUCUAUCUGGCUACAGAUCUGCCCAAGGUCCUCAAAGGCUUCCCUUUUCCUCUGGUUACAAAAGGCAGCGAGAAUAUGACGAGGAAGAUGAUGAUGAUGAAUAUGACUCUGAAAUGGAAGGUUUCAUUGAAGAUGAAGGAGAACCUCAGGAAGAAAUAUCGAAGCACAUUCGAGAAAUUUUUGGCUAUGAUCGAAAAAACUUAAGACUAGGUAUGCAGGAGGACUUAGAAGAAAUGAGACGUGAAGAAGAAGAAAUGAGACGUCAAAAGGCCAAGAAGCUGAAGAGGCGUUAG